GGGGGAGUAAACCUUUCAUUCUGCACUGACAGAGCUGAAACACAGAAACCGGAUUUACAGGUGCAUGGUGACAGCAUCGCAGCAAUGAGUGGAAUUUUAAAGAGGAAGUUUGAAGAAGUUGGUGGAACCUCACCCUGUUCAUGUGUGUGGGAAUCAGAUGAUGAUGUUUCUAGCAGUGAAAGUGCUGACAGUGGAAGUAAUGUCCAUCCAUCUGCUUCUAAUCAUUUUACUCGUACAUGUGACAGCAUUGCAGCAAUGAGUGGAAUUUUAAAGAGGAAGUUUGAAGAAGUUGAUGGCUCCUCACCUUGUUCCUCUGUGAGGGAAUCAGAUGAUGACAUUUCCAGCAGUGAAAGUGCUGACAGUGGUGAUAGUGUCAAUCCAUCCACUUCUAAUCAUUUUACCCCUUCUUCAAUCCUGAAGAGAGAGAAGCGGAAGAGAGCGAAGAAUGUCCAUUUUAACUGUGUUACUGUGUAUUACUUCACGAGAAGGCAAGGCUUCACCAGUGUUCCCAGCCAAGGAGGAAGCACGCUGGGAAUGUCCACUCGCCACAACAGUGUGCGCCAGUAUACCCUGGGCGAGUUUGCCAUGGAACAGGAGAGGCUCCACCGAGAGAUGCUGAGAGAGCAUCUAAGGGAGGAAAAACUCAAUUCUCUAAAGUUAAAGAUGACAAAGAACGGUACAGUGGAAUCUGAGGAAGCCAAUACACUGACUCUGGAUGACAUUUCUGAUGAUGAUAUUGAUCUAGACAACACUGAAGUAGAUGAGUACUUCUUUCUCCAACCCCUGCCUACAAAAAAGCGGCGGGCGUUGCUGCGAGCUUCUGGAGUGAAGAAGAUCGACGUGGAAGAAAAGCACGAGCUGCGAGCCAUCCGCCUGUCCAGAGAGGAUUGUGGCUGUGACUGCCGUGUGUUCUGUGACCCAGAAACUUGCACCUGCAGUCUUGCAGGCAUAAAAUGUCAGGUGGAUCGUAUGUCUUUUCCAUGCGGUUGCACUAAAGAAGGGUGUAGCAAUACAGCAGGUAGAAUCGAAUUUAACCCUAUCCGUGUACGGACUCACUUUUUGCACACGAUAAUGAAACUUGAGUUGGAGAAAAAUAGAGAGCAGCAAGUUCCAGCACUCAAUGGCUGUCACACUGAGAUAAGUGCACACAGUAGUUCCAUGAGUCCAGGACCCCAUCCAGUUGAAUAUUCGAUUGCAGAAAAUUUUGAGAUUGAAACCGAACCCCCGGCUACAGUUAUGCAUUCCCAGUCAGCCGAGGACUUGGACUGCGCAGGGGAAGAGGAGGAAGAGGAAGAUGGGAGUAGCUUUUGUAGUGGAGUUACAGAUUCUAGUACACAGAGUUUAGCCCCUAGUGAAUCAGAUGAUGAUGAAGAGGAAGAGGAAGAUGAGGAGGAAGAUGAGGAGGAAGAAAAAGCAGAUGAUUUUGUAGAAAGUAUGAGCUCCCAUGCUGAUAUGGUGCCUCUUCCUUCUGUCCUUUGCUACUCUGAUGGAACUGCUGUGCAUGAAAACCACUCUAAAAAUGCCUCAUACUAUACUAACUCUUCAACUCUGUAUUACCAAAUAGAGAACCACGUUGCUGGUACUGCUAACCAGAUCGGUGAGACUUACUCAGAAAGGGAUGCUGUCAAGAAUGGUAGUCUUUCUCUGGUGCCUUACAACAUGACUUCAGAACAGUUUGUUGACUACACACGGCCAUCAGAGGAAACUUUUAGCAGCCCUCAUUACCCUUCUGCAAACCCCUCAGUGAUUGUUUGCUGCUCAUCUUCUGAAGGGGAUGGCAGUGCUCCCUGUAACAGUUUAUACACUGAGCAUAGGCCAAGUCACCCACCAGUGGAAUUUCACUCAUACUUGAAAGGUCCUUCUCAAGAUGGCUUUGUUUCAGCUUUGAAUGGUGACAGUCAUGUGCAGGAACACCCUGCUGAGAAUUCUCUAAACCUCCCAGAAAAGAGCAGACUGCACGAAGAGUGCAUCAAAUCACCAGUGGUAGAGACGGUGCCUGUUUAAAAUUAAAUUAUUCUAGGACUGACUUCCUGUGUUAAAAUUCACUCCCAUUGGAUUUUCCUAGAAACUUACUUUUUUAAGAGGUAGACAGUACUUGGACUAGUCAAUGUUCCAGACACAUUUUGUUUUCUCAAGCUACACGGGCAGUGGUAUUGCACAAAACCAGUUCAUGUAAAGAUUUAAAUAAAAAUAAUCAAACCCUUUUUUUGAUAAAAAUAAAACAGAUAAGUAAAAAACACACCCAACAUAUUUCAAAGUAGCCUGCCUAUGAACGUAUGUGAAACCUGCCAAGCUGAAUCAAAACUUCAUGUUUUUGACUGUCGGGCCUGUGCAAGAUUGUUAAAAAUGAUACUUUGAAAUAAUCAUGUUUAGAGUCCUAAUUUUCAACAUAUCUGAAAAGAUGGUAAAUUUAAUGUAAAAAUAACUACUGUACAAAAAAAAGUUUUAAUUGUUCUGUACUGUUUGUAUUUUAUUUAUGGUAGUUUAAUAUUCAUGUUUUGAUAAAAAUGAACAGCAUGUUCAUUUGAGCAGAAGAUCCAUAAUUACUUAUGAAGAGCAUGUCCACUUUUCAUCUGGAGUACCUUGUAUUCUUCCUUAUUUUUUCCUAAUACUAUUUCUGAUAAAUCAUCUUGAAACACAAUUUUAGAGUGUACUAUUUUUCUCUUUUACUGUUCUUGACAAACAGAAAAGUCAGAAAGGGGGCAUUUACAUCUUCUAGAAUAGAGAAAGGUAGACAAUCCUCCAUUUAAAACUAAAAUCAGUGGCAUUCCAGAACUGGUACCCCCUCCCCAAAGAAGAAUGAUCUUGUAUAUAAUGGCAAAGCAGUAGCUUAAGCUCACACAGCACCUUCAGCCCAGCCACCGUUCAGAUCCUUACGCACUUUAGUGCCACUUUGCAGUACUGUAGGAACUGCAGGAACUGUGAACCUCUUCGGAGAAAUGCCAUAGCUCCAGACCCUGAGGCAAUGUAAGAUCUUAAAAGUCACUGUAACAAAAUCUGUAUGUUUCUCCCAAGCCAGUUUAUGAAUAUGUCAGUAUGCAAUUUAUAAAAGCAGAGCCUUACUGAUCAAAGUUUAAAUAAAGCAUGGAAAAACAAUGUGGAAGUGUCUAGAUUGCCUAAAUUUUUAUGACAUACAAGACUGGCUUUUGUGGACUUCUGAUUGUAUCUGAAAUUUAGUACAAUUUGGUCUUAUUAGGAAACAGUCCAUUCAGUGAGGAAAAAUAGCUUCAGAAAUUUUGUAUCUACAAAAGUCUGCAAGCAAAAGAACAUGUGCAUCAUAUGGAUAUCCAUUACAUUGUGAUCUGCCUGUUUUUAAAUGGGAAUGAAACUAUCUUUAAUUUAUUAAACAACCUUGCUUUUGUCUAGAAAAGGAGGCAUAGGAAUCAGCUUUUCUCUGCACUGGUAAUUCUGCACUGCCUUAUUUUGAUUUCAAAAUUAUUUCAGCAUUUUUGUUCUAAUACUGAGAUUUCAUUUAUUAUACAUCAAGUAGUUGAAAUGUAGGCCUGUCUUGUUUGUCAAAAUAUGGAUCAGCAUCUUAGUUUUUAUCUGUGUCAAAUCUAGUUGGUUAACAGUGUGCAUGUAAACACAGUGUAAAUUUUAUCUCUGUAACAGUGAUUCUUCUGGUUAGAAGCUCUUUAAAACAUCAUGUACAGUACUCCAGUAGAAAAACUGCCGAUGUAAAAUAUGCUUUUCAAAAAAAAAAGAAAGAGCUACCUUAAUUGUUUUUAUAUGAAAUCUGGGCAAAGUGAUUUCUUGUAUUUAUGCUAAAUUAGCAAAAUAUUUUUACUCCAUGUAGUAGCUGGAAAGGUUUUUUAUUUAUUUGUUUCCACAAGAAGUCCUACAUGUUUUAUAUGAACUGCAUUGAAAAGUCUAGUUCUCUAGGGACUGGAUUCCAAACUUGCAAAGUAUUCCAUCUCCUGGGAAAGCACACUCAUGUUGGUUAUCUGGCUCAGCAAUUCCACAGCCUCUGUUCCUCACAGUCACAGACCACUCUAGUCUCUUUCUCUAAGGCUGAGUAGCCAGAUGUUCCUGACAGAAAUGUGAUACACUGGAUAGAGAGUACUGGGCUCAGACAGAGGAGACUUUGCCUUUGUCCUGUUGUGUCAUCAUGUUCUCUGUGCUCUGGUUUGUAAUGUACUUGGAGAUACUGUGAUAUAACAUAAUUCUAUAGAACAGAUGAUCUUGCAUACUAAAAUUAUGGAGGUCUCAACAGUUAAGCAAGAUAUUUAAUUGGACUGCUGCUUUUAAACUGUUUGAAGAAGCAAGUGGAAAGAAAGUUCAUCUUAAAAUCUGUAUAUGGAAAUAAUUUUAAGCUUCAUGAACUACACAUUUCCUUAAUUUCCUUUUUCUAAACAAGUUGUAACAUCAAAGAUGCCAAAGGGUAAUAUAAGCUACAAUAAUAUUCAACAGAACCUAACCUAGAUCUUAUGUUGUAAUAAUUUAUUCAAAUUAACUGUAUUCUUCUGUAUUUAUAUUUUCGGUAUUUAUUAUGAAUGAGAUGAAAUUUGAUGUAUUUAUUGUGGCUUAUUACUGCAGUGUAUAUAUUACAAAAAUGAGCAUUUUUAAGUCUUAACAUUAGGUUUUUUGUUAAUUAGUGGCACUUGUAUCAGCUGUAUUUUUAUUAUAUAUUGUACAGUAUAUAUUGUCCAUUUGUUUGCAAUGAAGUAAACCAGGUUUCUACGUUACAUCCUGGCUGCCAGUGCAUUGUGCGUCUCAUUUCUGCUAUGCAGUCACUGGAGAGCCUCUCUCAGCUAAGAGAGCUGGCAUUAGUACUGCACCUCCUCCCUGACACCUGCAGAGCCUCCAAAGGCACUCUGUGAAAGUUCAAGCAUUUCUCCCAUUCCUGAUAGUCUGAUAGAAUAAGGAGAAUCAGUUUGUGUGGAAUUUUUGUGUGUGUGUUCUUUUGUUUCUAAAUAUUUGUAUGCCAAUUAAAUUAAAUAAACAGAAAUGCCUUCUUAGGUA